UGAGCCAGUGGAGGACAAGUUCAGCCGCCACAAGUUUACAAAUCACAGUCGACCGAGCGUGCGAGUUUCAAGUUCGAGUUCUGCUGCAUGUCGAUGUGGACCCGGCACUUGUAAACGUCGCGUCGUGUCAGCAUGACAAUACUGCGCGUCGGACUCUGCCCGGAGUUGACCGCACCGGUCGUCGAAAAGCUGCGCGCCUCCGGCGUGAGGACCGUCAUCGACUACCUCUCGUCAGAACGCGAAACUCUCGCCGAGCGCUCCGGGCUCGCUUACGGGGACGUGAUCCGACUGCGCCGCUCGCUGCAAGCGAUCUACGCGCCCAAGUUGCGUACGGGAGUCGAACUGUACGAGCAGCUACUGGAGAGCACGGCCAUCUUCAGCACGGGAAGCGGCAACGUUGACAACGCCAUAGGCGGUGGUGUCUACACCGGGCGCGUCACCGAAAUCGUGGGCGCCGGCAACAGCGGCAAGACGCAGCUGUGCCACAGCCUCGCCGCCAAUCUCGUCGUCGCCAGUCACUUCGGCGCGCUCUACGUGGACGCACUCGGCUGUUUCUCACCCGAGAGGCUGCGCCAGAUUGUGUCGCGCAGAGUAGCCGGUGACGUCACAACCGAAACUGUCCUCUCCAAGGUCAGGCACGUCGCCGUGUGCGACUUGCUGGAGAUGGUUCAGGUUGUGGACCAAGUGCGCGACACACUCUGUUCGGCCGGAAAGAAGGACGAGUCCUUUUUGUCGAACGUGAAGAUGAUACUCGUCGAUUCCUUGGCGGCCGCCGCGUCUCCGGUCUUGACUGGCGACCAGUACGUCGGCGGCUUGUCGCUGCUGUCGCACCUCUGCAACGCGCUGCAGUACCUGGCGGCUCGGUUUAGGAUCGCCGUCGUGGUCACCAACGACUUCGUGGCCGGGGAAGGCGUCGUCAUGAAACCUGCCCUGGGUCGCUACUGGGAAGACGUGCCGUCCGUUUCGCUUGAGCUGAAUCUGCUCGGUGAUCUGUUUGACUGCGGCGAAACGCGUGAACUGAGAGUGGUGAAGAGCCCCGAUGCCGGCGCUCUGGGCAGAGUCGUGAGGUUCAGGAUUGUGCCGAAGGGAAUCACAACUGCGGUUGCAAACUCCUGAGUGCUUUUGUUGUGGUGAUCGAUUUGACCACUGAUGAAACCAGCGCAUGAAUUAUUGGAAGCGCAGGUACUUCUUUUUAUGUACAGCGCCUUCACACUGUCACAAUUUUAUGGCCGCUAAGUUACGGAGCACCGUCGUUGUCACCAACAAUUCCGUGCCUGCAGAACACGGCGUCGUGAUAUCUUCCAAGCAGGGCUGCCAACUUUAGGGAAGUUUACGUAGAUCAAGAGGCUUUAGGCUUUAUUCAAGAAAAUUGGUGUAAAUCUGGGCAAAUUUCGUACAGAGACAUUGAAACAGUGGAUCGACUGUCGUGAUGGCAUGUUUUAAUUUCAGUCACCACAAAUGACUUUCGCAUUAGCCUGCGACGUAUGACUUCUGAUCGUACUGCAGUGCAGUGAACAAAGCUUGCCCAUAAAUAAAAUAAAGUCAACGACAGGGUGUGAAUAUAUGCCGUGGGCACUUUAGAAAGUACUGCUAUUUCAAUUUUGCCGUUCGUACCUCUUGUCGAUGUCUGUGCACUCUCAACAAAGUCUCUAUCUUUAACUGCCAAAAUAAGUGUAUGCUGCAGCCCCAAACAAAGCAACACGGGUGAAUCUGGGCGUAAGUAGACACAGUAACGCACCGAGCUCGAUAAUGCAGUUGUAGGGCUAAACAGAUUCCUUGUUAGGAAUUUCUUCGCAGACACACAGAUUUUAACGAAGAAGCGCUCUUUAAUUGAUAAAUAAAAGAAAUGAGUUCACAACGAGUGUGACGACUGCCUUCCAAUGCGGGCCGCCAUCUCUCUCUAUCUUGCCAGCCUUGCCUUCCAAUUCUGCUAACACUUGGCCAUUUCUGACAGCGAACUGUCCUCAUUUCAUAUGUUAUAGUCCCAAAGAGACAAAGGUCUUUUGGACACACGUGUGCUAAAUCUAUGCAUGCUGUCUUCCUCGUCAGUGCUUGAUUGGUCGGACAGGUCUUGGCAUCUUCCAUUUCUUCAGUUGGCUGAUGUGGGCGGUAGUCGACUAGACCCUUUUCUUUCCGUUCAUCUCGGUCACUCUGUAGGUACCCGCUGGGAGUAUUUCUGUCACAGUCAGUGGACCUCUGAACUUCUGGGUUUUUGUUGGGGCGCCAGUGUGCUCUGGAACACAUCGCAUGACCACUAUGUCUCCAACGCUCAGCUUGUCCGCUGUGAAGUGAUUCUUGUGGGAGUACAGCUUCGACUUUUCUUGCUGGCUGACUAUGUCCCUUUGAGCCGUCUCUUGAGGUUGCUCCGGACAUACCCACUCGUUAUUCUCUGUGUUUAGCCAUCUGAGGACACCAUCCUGCGUCCUUGGUUGAUAUCCAUCCAGAAGCCUGAAAGGGCUAGUGCCUGUUGAGGCAUUGUAUGCAGUGUUUAGGUAGCUCUCUACCUCCUUGAUGUUCUGAUCCCAGUCCUUGUGAGUCGGGUCCUUGAUUGUAGCCCUAAUACACGGUACCAGAGUUCGAUUCACACGCUCCACCAGACUGUUAGCCCCUGGAUGGUGAGCCGAGUUCAAUGUGUGAGCCACACCAUUUUUCAGACAGAAGGCUUCGAAGCCAUGGGACGUGAAACAGGAACCACGGUCUGAGAUGAUGCGCUCCGGUAGUCUGAACUUGGUUAUAAAACUCUGCAUGCACCGCAAUACAUUUCUCGCUUAGGUGUCUCGCACAGGGUAGAGGCACACAAACUUGGUCAGAUUGUCCACCAGCACCAAGAUCCACUGGUUUUUCUUGGAACUUCUCACAAACGGACCAACAUGGUCCAUGUGUAGAACUUGAAAUGAUAACUUCCCAGGUGGUAUCGAGUGCAGAAGUCCAGGUUUCCUCUCUCCUGGAAUCUUUGUGAGGAGACACUCGAAACACCUGUGGAUGUGCUGGUCCACGUAGCACUUCAUCUGAGGAAACCAGUAAAGUUCCUUGAUUUUCAUCACCGUUCGGUCUGUACUAAAGUGUCCCUGUAAGUCGUGAAACUUGACACACAGUGUUUUACGCAUGCUCUUAGGCAUCACGAAAAGAAGUCGUCCGUCUUCUUUAAGACGGACGUAAAACAGCCUUCCAUCCUUCAGUCAUAGGUUUUUAACCUUGACACUUUCUUCUUUGGUCCUUUCCUUGACUGGCUUCUCGAGAAUUCGUGCGAGGUCUGCAUCAAAUCGCUGCAUGAUCACAACUUGGUCCUCUAAAUUCAAGGCAAGGCACACUUCGAUUCUUGUCUCAACAACCUCAUCAAGCGUGUCCUCUGGCGCUCCUACGGGUUCACGACUCAAAUAGUCCACGUGUGCAUUUUCUCACUUGCUCGGUGCUUCACCUUGAAGUCAUACUCUUGAAGUAAGUCGAACCACCUUGCUAUCUGUGGUUUAAGAACCUUGUGCGCAUUCAGAUACACAAUUGCUUGGCGAUCUGUUACCAGCUUGAACAGAAUGCCUAGGAGGAAUGGACGAAGUCUUUCCAUACUCCAGACUAUUGCGAUCAGCUCCAGUUCUCCCGCAUGGUAAUUCUUUUCAGCCUCAGUGGUGCGCUUAUUGACACAAAACACCAAGUGCCAGCGUCCUGACUCAUCUUGUUGAAGGUUCAUUCCCGCAAGUCCAUGUUUGCUUGCGUCCGUGUGGAGUUCUGUUGGAGCCGAAGGUUCGUGCAACUUGAGAACCGGUGGCUCUGUCAAUUCUCUUCGGAGUUGGUCGAAAGCUUCCUGUUGCUCCACUCCCCGUGUAAACUUUGUGUCUUUCUUAGUCAGAGAAGUAAGCGGUUCUGCCUUCAGGGCAUAUUGGGGGAUGAACUGUUUGAAAAAUCCUGUCAGACCCAGAAAUCUCUUGACGCUGUGAACAUCAGUUGGCGUGCUAGUGUCCGAUAUGGCUUGUUGCUUCAAUUCACCUGGCUGAAGGUAGCCUUUCACAAUCUUGAAACCUAAGUAGUCGAGUUCGUGACUUACAAACACACACUUGGAUAGCUUCAGGGUUAGACCAGCAGCUGGCAGAGCAUCCAGCACUUGUUUGAGCCGAACCAGCAAGUCUUCCUAGUCCUUGGCUGGAAUCAGCAAGUCGUCCAUGUAACACAAUGCUACAGUGUUAUGCAGAGAUCCGAGGACCUUGUUCAUUAGACUGAAAUACAGCAGGACCAUUUCUCAACCCGAACACCAUACGUUCAAACUGCCCAGUCUCAUCAGGCAUAAUGAAUGCAGCUUUGGCCUUCGAUUCCUCACUCAGUGGAAGCUGAAGGUAUCCGUUUGCACAGUCUAACACACAGUACAUUCGUGCUCCGGACAGUCGUUGCAGCUGGUCAAUGUUUGGCAAGGGAAAGUGUUCCGGCCCUGUGUGGCUAUUUAGCUGUCGAUAGUCUAUGACUAGAUGAUUUUCUCCAUUUUUCUUUUUCACGAGUAGCACUGGACUAGCGUAUGGCGAGGAUGUUUUGGUUACAAUGCCAGUCGCUUUCGACUCUUUGGCAAUUUCUUGGAUUGCCUCUCUUUUUUCUGCAUUAGUCGUGUACGGUUUUCAGCUGACUGGAGUGCUUCCGGAAUGCUCUGUGAUAGUCAUCUCUAGUUGGUUACAACACCCCAACUCUGACAAAUUCAGUGCAAAGCAAUCCCUGUAUUCAUUCAGUAUCUUCAGCAGUGCAUCUACUUGUUCAUUGAUGUCCUUCCCGACAUUCAGCAUGCUACGAUCUAUAGGCUUCGACUGAGGCACAGGUCUCACGGGGGUUAACUCUUCGCUCCCUGAAAGCAGUUCAGCGUGAGCUAACAAACUUCCCUUGAUCAGCUGUUGGUCCUCAUCCUUGUCGUUCAACAUGGGUAUCUCAACCCUUCUGUGUUUGAUGUGAAGUAGCAUUGCCUUACCAGUCCCAUUAGGUAAGAUCAGAUUUCCUUCACUCUUACCGGUCUCCACUGUCACCCAACACACAGUUCUUUUAGGCAGCACAACCUUGACACGAAGUGGUUCCUUGGAAGGCUUCAUCUGGGCAAGGUCGAUGUUACAAAAUGGAAGAUCAUCUUGGUAGCCAAUCCUGAGUUCAUCUCCCAUGCGUAGGUAUGUAAUGUGGUCUUGUUCCGUCGAGGUCCUACCGUCCAGCAUGUCCACAGGCAAGGCACUGUUGUUGACGACAAUAAACUUACCUUGCGGCAUACCACGUUAUCGAUUUCUUAUGUCAACCUCCGAGGUUCCGGUAGACCGCACUGUAGAUGUGUCGGUGUUCCCAAACCCAUACAAGUCUUGGGCCCUGCACACAACUUGUAGGCUGCACUUUUCAGCCGCUUGAUGAAACAAUAUACAGUCUGCACUUCCCGGGUCAAUGAUCACCGAGAGCUGGUAAGUUCCAUUGAUGGUUGCAGUAUUCAGCAACUUGAUGGACCACUGUCACAUGUUGGAUUCUCAUUCGCCACGAAGUUACCAACAGGGUUUGUUUUUGAACAGUCUCUCGCUAUGUGCCCAUACUUUCCGCAGCUGUAGCAUUUUCACUCUGCUUGAUCACGCUUGGGCGGCUCUGGCAUUUUCUUCUAUGGUCCCCAACCACUUGCUUGAUCUGUGACACAUGCAUUUGUGAUCACUUGCUCAGCUGGAUGCGCGGCAGUCCAAGAUCUUGAGGUCGGAGGCUUGGCACUAGUUGUCAUUGCACCUGGGUCACCACCGUGUGGCUUGGCCCCUGGUGACUUCUGCGUUCUAGCUUCGCUUACUCACUCCAGUCUUCGCAAGUCUGCCAGCAAUUCGUUCUUGUGUUCCUUUGCCAUCAUGGAGAUGCAUGCGUCUAAACCGCAGCCCCACCAAAACUUGCUCCUUGGUAUCUUGCAUACUGAGGCCCAAUCCCUUGCAUAACAAGGUCUUUUCGAGAAAGUAUGCCAUGGUGGACUCUCCCCUCAUCUGGACCGUUUCCUGCAUUUGCUUCCACUUUUCAGCCGUGCUCGUCUGGCCCAUAAAUGUCUCUUUGAAGGCAAUGUUGAAGUCCUCUCACAUAGUGAGGUCAUCGACAUGGGCCUGAAGCCAAAAUAUAGCAGGUCCUUUCAUGUGAAGCCUGGCAUUUUCUAGUCUGUAGCUGUCUGGCGAGCUGUGCAGGACUGCCAUGGAAUCGAUACUCUUCAGCCACGCCCUGGAUUCAUGGGAUGAGCCCUUGCUGUCGAAAUCGUGGAUAGCUUUAUUCAGGUCCGGCAUAACAUGGAACGCUUCAGGUUUCCUCUCGAAGAGCUCCAGUAACCGCAGGUUUUGCUCUAGUAGAGCUUGCAUCAUUUCGUGAGUUCCGCUGCCGUCUCCCAUCUUCGGGGUUGUCUAGGCGUCUCCCUGGGCAUACACACACUUUUUCACCUCCAGCUUAACGUCUAGGCUUGCCGACAUCACACAGAGCGUCCGUACACACGUUUCUGAGGCAGCACGAAGACUCACAUUUUCAAUGCCAGUAGCACACGAAGACGGUACCGUUGCGUCUUGUAGACGUCACUACAGAGCGUCCGCUCGCACGUUUCAAGGCAACACAAAGGGUCCCUUUUACGGUGAGUACCUCACGAAGACGGCACCAACGCAGCGUCAGUUGAAAAGUCAGCGAGCAUCACCGUCGGCCAAAUCCCACAACAUCGGCUUCCAGGAUUGCUUCAUCACGAAGGUUUUGGUGUAUCCCCCUUCUGAGAUGUUAGGAAUUUCUUCACAGACAGACAGAUUUUAAAGAAGGGCGCUCUUUCAUUGAUAAAUAAAAGAAAACAGUUCACAAC